AUGGUUAACCAGGAUACAGCCAGAACAGAUAUCAUCGAUAGUCUUCAGGAGGACUCGGUCCCGAUCACACAGGAUUUCGCCAUGAAGUUCUUACCCACCCAGUACAGGGAAACGCAGGCUGAUUUCUUUGGUAAGAGAGGUAUCUCUUGGCACUUGACAGUUUGUCAGAGCAAACAGCGAGGGGAGCUGGUCGCGCUGACGUUUGUGCACAUAAUUGAGUCGGGUCUACAGGACAGCCACACAGUAGUAACCGUGAUGGAGCAUGUACUGAAAACGUUGAAGCAGGAACACUCCGAGUUAACCAGAGCUGUCUACCGCCAAGACAACGCAGGCUGCUAUCACUGCGCAAAUACAAUUUUAGCCAGCAAAAUACUGCAAGAGAGAACCAACAUGGAUCUCUACCGGAUUGAUUUCAGUGAUCCACAAGGUGGUAAAGGUCCAUGCGAUAGGAAAGCAGCGCAAAUCAAGACGCACGUGAAGCAAUACAUCAACCAAGGUCACUCCGUCACAACACCUGCUGACCUUAAGAGGGCUAUAGAGUCCGAUGAGGGCAUUGCGGGUGUGCGAGUUACGGUUGUUCCUGUUCCCAAGACCACAGUGAAAACAAAGAGUAUCAAGUGGGAAGGCAUCAGUAGUUUGUCCAACUUCGAGAUCACGGCAGCGGGUGUAAAGGCCUUCAAGGCGUACGGUAUUGGUGCAGGGAAUUUCCGAUCCUGGACGUCAUUUUCAGGUAUGUUCAACCAAGAGGUGGUAAAGGAAAAUUACUCGCGUUCGUGUUAAAAUGGAUCUCAGUCCGCUACAUUAUACUGGUUUCAUAGCACGCACACUUUACCCAUUUGUUCUCAAAGGGGAUGCAUGGUAACACUUAACAAUAAAGCUAUAACCCCAUGCCACUAUAUCAUAAAUUAUACCCUUAUUAAUAAAAACGUGCUUAUUUUGGUCUUUUCUCUCAGGAAUACCACACGAUAACCAGUUCGAAUGGAUAGCUGAAAGGCCAGGGAAAGGAGAGUUUGUGUCAGUGAAACCCAGACAGCCAAAGCCGGCGACAUCCCAUACAGAUAGCCUACUCAAGGAGGGCUCUACCGCUGAAAUAACCCAACAAGCAAAUGCCAACCUAGCUGAUAGUCUCCUGUUUCCAUGCCCAGAGGACGGAUGCACCGAGUCCUACAUGACAUACGGACGGCUGGAGCAGCACCUCAUGUACGGUAAACACCAAUUCCGUCGGGCCGAGAGUGUCUCACUUAUUGAUCGAGCGAAGGUCAGUUACGCAGAGCGUCUUGAGGCUGGAGGGAGCCAUCCUGAAGUGACGACACCGGAUACAGAAAUACACAGUGGUUCCCCUUGUCUGCCAGAGGGAUGGGCUUGUCGGGAGUCCGCCAUGCCACGCCAUCGGUUUAAUUCCAAGCAAAGGAGGUACUUGGAGGAAAAGUUUAAGCAUGGCGAGACUAAGGGGAUUAAAGCAAACCCAGAUGACGUCGCGAAGGAGAUGAGAUGUUUGAGAGAUCAGAGCGGGAAGCGAAUCUUCACGGUAAAGGAGUUCCUACGUCCACAACAAAUCACCUCGUUCUUCUCUAGGAUGGCAUGUAAGAGAAGAGAUGCCACCGACUCCGAUGAUGAGGCUGAAGAAUUUGCGAGGCAGCAGGCGGCCGUCCACUCAGAUGUGAUGGAAGUGUUACGGCAGGAAAUCACUCAUCCCUUGCUUUUCUCUGGCAAAAACCUGUGCUUGAUGACAGAGUCAGAGAUCGAAAGCCUCAAGAUCACUCAGAUGCGUUCCAUAGUUAGUCACUUUUCCAUUAAAGUUAAAGCUCGAAAGAAGAAUGUCUAUUCUAUUGCGAUUGUUGAAUUUUUGAAAAGGUGCUCCUGUAAGCAGUAA